AGAGGAGGGGGUGAUGGCACCGAAAGGGUGCGUUCACACUGCGGAAUCCGCUCGUGGAAUUCCGCGGGAACUCCGUAGUAUGAACGCACUCUGUGAAUGACAGAAAGCGGAAAGGAGGAAUAGGACUGUAUGAGCUUUAAGAGAAGCCGAGCAUCGGGGCGGUCAUGGAGGAGUCCUAUCAUGUGGGGGGUCAUUGCUGUGGUCCUGGCAAUCUCUGGUGUUGUCCUUCUUUGUGGGUACCCUAGUGGAGAGAUGAUGGAGGUCCUCGCUUCUCACCAGGAGUCCCUUCAACACAAGUUCUACCCAGUGCCCUGCUCCCAGGACUACGGGAACCACAAGCAGUUUACAGGGUGCACCCCAGUGAAAUGUGGGCGAGCGGUGACAGACGCUGUGAUAACCCAAGAGGAGGCCAAGAGGAUGUUGAGGAUAGCUGAGUCGGGAUUGUCCCUCGGAGGCUCUGACGGAGGGGCGUCUAUUCUCGACCUGCACUCGGGAGCGCUGUCAAUGGGGAAGAACUUUGUAAAUAUGUAUCGGUAUUAUGGAGAGCAGAUGAAAGAGAUCCUGACCGAGAAUGAUUUCCAGAUGUAUCGCAACGUGAGGCGCAGAAUCCAGCAGGAAAUCGCCAGGACAUUUGAUCUUGACGCCUCCUCCUUGCAUCUCACCAAACCCACCUUCUUCUCCCGUAUGAACAGCUCCGAAGCCAAAACCGCACAUGACGAAUACUGGCAUCCGCACAUUGACAAGGUGACCUACGGAUCAUUUGACUACACCUCAUUGCUCUAUCUGUCUGACUACUCCAGAGACUUUGGCGGGGGAAGGUUCAUAUUCAUUGACAAGAAGACGAACAGCACUGUGGAGCCCAGACUCGGCCGACUCUCUUUCUUCACGUCUGGAUCUGAGAAUUUACAUCGGGUGGAAAAAGUGAGCUGGGGCACCAGAUAUGCUAUAACCAUCUCAUUCACCUGCAACCCAGACCACGGUAUUGUGGACCCAACAUGGAUGUUAAACUAGAUCAAGAAACCAAAAAGCCAAAUGAGAAUGUAUCAAUGCACCACUGCACCCUAAACCUGGAAACAAAACUUUGGAUGAAUGUACCACUUGACAUAGGGUCACGUAUCCUAUUCUUGGCCUUACAUGAACAUAACAAAGACAUAAACACUCCUUUAUGGGUGUAUCAGUGCAAACAAACCCCCCCAUUGUAUAUGUAACAUUCUAUGAGCCGCGUCUGGUUAGUACCCAGCAUGAACUCUUGAACAUUUCUUCUCAACCGUAAUCAUAAUAUUAUUAAUCUAAUUCAUAUUAGACCGAAUCAAUGAAAAUGAAGUCUUCAUUGAAUCAAGUUGUGGGGGUUCUUCUCUGUUUUACAGUAUGGUCAUGCCCAUGGUGCUAAUGGUUUAGGCAGAGUUCUACACAUCUGUUCCUUACAAUAUAACCUUAUUCCUUGGUGGGACACUGGAGUUUGGGUUACUUUGGCGAUGCCUGUUGAUUCAUUGUGAUUCAUUCAUGAUUAUUGGGGCAGCCAUCUCGCCUGUAGUGCUAUACAGAUCAAGUUCCAGCAGCCCCCUCCUUAUCAUCACGGACAGGAAGUCUCAGCUAUAUAUAAGCCCCAGUGGCCUUAAUGAAUACUGCAAGAUUUCCGGAUUAUUUAAUAAUAAAAGGAAAAUGUGGAAAAUUUGAAGAAAUAUCACCAAAAAUUCUUUAAAAAAAUGUUUAACAUUAAAAUAUUGAUGUAAUCAAUAGGUCAUUUUCUGAUGACGCAUUUUCUUUGUUAUGUUAAAUCCGAGGGGCCGUAGAGAUCACACCCCUGACAUUAAGCCCCACCCACUUUGAUUUAAAUAAUGUUGUCAGUGGCUUAAAGAGGUGAAAAGUCAAAAGGUUUUUUUUGCCAUGAGUGGUUUUCACCUGUCAUCUUUUAGCUGAAGAUAAAUGGCUUAAUGGUAUAAGUCAUGUACUUUAGGGCAUAUUUUGGGAAGGUGAGGAUGCUUUUUAAAGACUAAUUCUAAAUUAUAGUAUUAGGCAAAAUAAAGCCUUUAGCUGUGGCAGACCUCCGCUCUGACAAUUACCGUGCAUUAUGAUUUAGGCGGUAAAAGGUGAUUUUGGUAAAGAGUCCUCUUAAAUGAUUAAAAUAAUGAAACAUAAUUAUGUGGAUUGGUAGAAAUGUCAUCAGUGCAAAGAAGAACAGCGCACAAACUUCAGAAAAAAAUUAUAAAUCUGAUAAAAUACGUGUUUCACUACAUUGGUAGCACGUUUUUAUUCUCAUAUUAUUCAUAAGAGAAACUGGAUGGGAACAUUCACCAUAUAUUUUGGACUGCAAACCUAGAAGAUGCACCAAUGGUUAGGCAUCAGUAACUUUCAGAGUGAUUUCAGGUUUCGGAGGAAUUACAGAAAUAAAAUAAUGUCCCUGCAGGUCUUGGGUAGUUUGGGGGUUAAUGCCACCAUCCUUGAUGGCCUAGGGUAAAAGAGAGGUUGAUAUCUUCUUCUCUGGUGGACAAGGUCAGUAGAGGGCUUACUGCCACCAUCCUCUGUAGUCUAGGAUGUUGGAAGGGAUAAUUCCACAAUUCUUGUAAUUCCACCAUUCUUGUUGGUCUACAGAAUUUAAAGGGUUAAUGUCUGCUUCUCUGGAGUUCUAGGGUAAUGUUGAGAUUAACACCACCAUCAUUGAUGGUCUAGGGUAAUAGAGAGUUUAAUAUCUUCUUCCCUGGUGGUCCAGGUCAGUAGAGGAGUUACUGCCACCAUCCUCUGUGCUUUAGGAUUUUGGAGGGGGUAAUUCCACCAUUCUUGUAAUUUUGCCAUUCUUGGAGGUCUACAGAAAUAAAAUGGUUAAUUUAUUUUUCCCUGGAGGUCUAGGGUAGUAUUGGUGUUAAUACCACCAUCCUUUAUGGUCUAGAUUAAUAGAGAGAUUAAUGCCUUCUCUGGUGGUCCAGGUCAGUAGAGGCCUUACUGCCACCAUUUUUGUGGUCAAGGAUAUUGGAGGGGGUUAUUCCAACAGUCUUGUUGGUCUACAGAAACGAAAUGGUUAAUAUAUUUUUACCCGGAGGUCUAGAGUAGGGUCGGAGUUAAUACCAACAUUCCUUAUGGUCUUGGUCAAUGUCUUCUUCUUUUGUGGUCCAGGGCAGUAGAGGGGUUAAUGCUUUAUUCACCAGUGAUCUCUGGUAUGUGAGGUGUUAAUAUCCGCUUCUCUGGUUUUCUGUAUUUUAUUUAUCUUUACUUGCACUCUACCCAGUUGAAAGCUGCUCACAACCAACGGAGGGCUCCUUUAAGAAAGGACCAGAAAAUUGUAACCUCGUCUUGAAUGUUUUAACAAGAUGGAGAUGAAUAGCAGCCAGGAAUGCCAGAUAGUUCUGAAGUUAUUGAUAUAGAAAACUGCAUUCCAUCAUUUUAUCCCCCAAAGGAUCCAGCACUGAUUUACAGAACUCAAUAGACAUUUAAAUGUCCCUGUAUCUUAUAAUGUAGCCGAGGAGAGAGGCAUUCUUCUGUGAAUCAAGUAGAAGGUGUCUUCGUAUGAGCGCGGCUCCUCUGGAUUACAGCUCUGGGUUUAAUGAUAUUCUGCAGUAAUAAUUAACGUACCUAGAGUAGUGAGUUGUAUGGACUCACUAUUACCUGCCUAUUCAGAGUACAAUGGCCAU